CCUCUUGAUCUUUUUCACGAUGUUUUUACUUGGCUUCACCACGCGUGCGUCCCCAAAAGCAGCAGCUAGCUGGCUGUGCUGUCUAACCUGACCACCAGCGAAGUGUUCUACCCAUAUCGGCAAACCUUCUCACUCCCUGGCCCUUUAAAGCCGCAUUCCCUCUCCCCACUCCAAAUUUCUCUCCUCCAAUCCAUCACUCCAAAGCACAAUCCUCUAAACAAAGAAUAACAAGGAAAUUCCUUUCGUCUUCCUCGCUCGAGCGCUCUCACCCUCUCUCACACACACUCUCCCUCUCUCUCUCUCUCUUCACUCUCUCUCUCUCUCUCUCCCCCAAUUCCUCUCCUCAAGUCGGUCUUCUCCGUGAAUUGGCGUUGAUCUUUCCUUCCAAGAGGCUUCUUCUCCUCGCGCAAGCUUUCGCGCUUGGUCCUGCUGGAUUGGAUUUGCUUGGAUCCGACGCCAGCAGCGCUCAAGCGAAGCAUCUCUUGCUUGCCUUUGCUGCAUGAUUUCUUCGUUGCGGCGGGGUGUUUGCAAGGCGGAGCGCGCUCGCUAGCUGGAUUCGCUGGCGCGCUAAUUGCAUAUAUAUGCAUAUAAUUGAGCUGGAUCCUGGACAGGCUAGCUCGGAGCAAGCACAGGAAUUGGGCAGCAAACAGGAGGAGGACGAGGAGAAAUCGCAUCGCACUAGCACCGAAACAAAGAAUUCAUCCGAGAGUGACAACAAUUCGACCAAGGAGGAGGAGGAGGAGGAUCGUCACCAAGAGAUCAAGGAUCAAAUUGUGUCCAGUGAAGAGCUUGAGAAGAACCAAGAAGAAGGAGGAAUCAGAUCGUUGCAAAGUUCCGGGAAUUCGCGAUCUAGUGAUCCAGUUGGAGAUCAAGGCGAAGAAGAAGUUGUCGCUGGAGAGCGAGACUUACUAAUGGCGGCCACGACCUUGGUUCAAACAAUCUCACCACACUUCAAGGCUCCCGGAUCAUCCAGCUCGGCGGCGGCCGGUCGGUGGUCAGAAUUGGAGGCGGCAGCGGUCAUGGGAUUGGGUUUGGGACUGGGAAUCCAGCGAACAACCUCAUCGGUAGCAAAGCGAAGAUCAUCGCCAGCAGGAGGAGCAGCUCCAUCAGAUCCCGAUGUCACGCUCACGCUCUCCCUCACCGCCGAUCGCCACGACAAUUCCCGCAAGAAAUCAUCCGCCACCGCCACUGGCACCGACCAACGAUCGCGAGCAGCAGUGACAAUUCAGCAAGCUCCAAAGCAAGCCAAGGAGGAAGAACAAGAACAAGAGAAAGAAGAAGAAGCAGUAGAAGAAAGCGAAGCCUCCAAAGUAGAAUCCAGCAAGAUGGCGACCGUGUCAAUCAAGCACCAGGCCGAGAAUUCCUCCGGCAGCCAUAGCUGGGUGGAGGCAUUGCAAAGGUCCCAACAAGAUCCAGGUGGUGGUGGUGCUGGCGGAGGUAGUGGCGGCACCACCACCACCACCACCACCACCAACAACAACAACAACAACAGCAAUCUUCUCAUGAUCCUGGAUCCAGAUCAAGAAACGUCCAUCACCAUGAAUUCCACCACCAAAAGUGGUGGCGGUGGUGGCGGCGGUGGCGCAAUGGUUCUGAGCUCCGAGAGUGGCAAGCUGCCCUCUUCGCAGUACAAGGGCGUGGUGCCGCAGCCAAACGGGCGAUGGGGCGCGCAAAUCUACGAGAAGCACCAGCGCGUGUGGCUGGGCACGUUCAACAAGGAGGAGGAGGCGGCGCGAGCGUACGACCGCGCCGCCAUCAAAUUCCGUGGCCGCGACGCCAUGACCAACUUCCGCCCCGUCCACGACUCCGAUCCCGAGGCCUCCUUCCUCCGCCUGCAUUCCAAGGAGCAAGUCGUGGACAUGCUCCGCCGCCACACCUACGACGAGGAGCUCGACCAGAGCCGCAAGAUCACGCACGCCCGCGCGGUGGCGGCGGCUGCUGCCGCGGCAGCCGCGGCCUCCAUCUCCAUCAUCCCGGACAAUCACCACCACCACCAUGCUCACCACCAACAAUUCUCCUCCUCCUCGAGCUCCCAGCAAGUCCUUGGCCACCACCCCAGCUCCAAGAACUCCUGGCAGGAUCAUCACCAGCAGCAGCUUCGAUCAUCCAGCGCGGCUGCUGUGACGCGGGAGAUGAAUCAUCCACAGAUGAUGAUCCACCACCCAGCGUCAGCGGCCCCGCCAGCCAAGCCGUCCGCCACCGCUGCCAGCGCGGUCCACCGCGAGCACCUCUUCGACAAGGCGGUCACGCCCAGCGACGUGGGGAAGCUCAACCGGCUGGUGAUCCCCAAGCAGCACGCCGAGCGCUGCUUCCCGCUGGAUCUCUCCGCCAACGAGAAGGGAUUGCUGCUCUCGUUCGAGGACAUCACCGGCAAGGUGUGGAGGUUCCGCUACUCGUACUGGAACAGCAGCCAGAGCUACGUCCUCACCAAGGGAUGGAGCCGCUUCGUCAAGGAGAAGAAGCUCGACGCCGGAGACAUCGUCACCUUCGAGCGGGGGCCAGGCCAGGAGCUCUACAUCAGCUGGCGGAGGAGACCGGUCCCUCCUGGCGGCGCCGCUGCUCAUCCCUCGAUCCAUCAUCACCACCACGCAGCCGCCGCCGCCGCCGCCGCCCAGCAGCACCACCACCACCAGCAGAUGAUGAUCAAUUCCGCCGCUGCCGCCGCGGCCGCGGCCGCUCGAUCCAAUUGGGGGAUUUCUUCGCGGCAGCAGGGAGGAUUUGGCAAUCCACUCCCAGCGGCGCCACCACCACCCGCGGCGGCGCAUCCGUGGUUCCAGUUCUCUUCUUCUGGCUCGGGGUAUAGAUUUCCUCCGCCGCUUCCAGGCAAGAACGAUUCUUCUUCCUCUCCUCCGCCGCCCAUGGCGGUGCCCAUCGAGGAGAUCACGCCCUUCCACCAGCAGCGGCUCUUCCAGUUCCAGGACCAGAGCGCGGCGCUGCGAUCCAGCGAUGGUGGCGGAGGCGGUGGCGGUGCUCUGUUUCGCGGGCAAUUGGGCGGGAUUGAUCGGGGCGAGGGGGCCCUUCCCACCGCCGGGACGAGGCUUUUCGGCGUGGAUCUGGCCAGCAGCAGCGGCAAUGCGGCCCGGAAGCGAUCCUCCCCGCCCUUGAACCUCGACAACCUCAAAGAUGCCGGGAUUGGGCAUCUGUCGCUGGCGCUCCACCAAGUCCCACACGAUCGCGAGGAGCGCGACGACGAUCGCGACCGCGCCAGCUCCUCCAAUGGCAGUAGCUCCUCGUCCAAGAGGAGGAGGCGCGAUGGCCACGAUCUUCCUCCAUCCUCGUCACAGCUGGACGCCGCCAAGACGAUGGAAUCGAGCGAGGACGAUCGAGAGGGUCAAGAGGGCGAGGGCGAUUCUUCCAGCUCCAUCUCGGCGUCGCGGCCUCACAGAUUGGAGCGGCACAGCUGAUCUAUACGUAUAUAUACAUGUGAUUCGAUCGCGCGGAUGAUCGAUCGGAUCAUCAUUCUCAGGUGGUUUGUUUGUUCAUACUCCAGCACACUCUAUUUUUUCCUUCUUACACACAACAUAUCUUAUUACUCCUCCCCUCUCCUCCUUUGUCGAUUGUAACUUCCAUACGUGGGGUUUGUAAAUUCUUGGGGUGGCCGAGGAGAGAUUUAUGAUUCUUUUUGGGGGGAAAGAAGUUGGUAUGAAGAUCAUGUGGUUGCAAUGGAUUUGGGCAACUAUUAUUGAAACUUGGGUGGAUCCACCCACUCUUCGCUUUGUGUAUUGACAAUUUUCUGAUAAUACAGCCUUUGGAAGUUGAAAGCU